ACGUCUGCUGCACAGUGCUCCUCAGGAUGAUCGGUAAACUGCUUCUGCUCGUGGCCGCCGGUGUUGCGGUGGUGGCCGCCUCGCCGCUCGACAACCUGCUGCAGCAGUCGCCCAACCUGCGCCUCCUCCACAGGGUAUACAGCGAGUGCGAGGCCAAGGGUGCCGGCAUGUCUGGUUGCCUGAAGGCCAGGGCCGUCUCCUUCGUCGACAAGGUGUCCCGCAUGGACACCCUGCCGCUAGCCGACCACCUCAGCCUCGUCAGGACGCACCCUGAGCAGAUCGAGCAGGGCAGGCAGUCUCGCGCCCUCACCGAGGGAGAACUCGAGGCCGCCGACGACCAGACCCUGACCGACACCCUCGUCCGCGGUGUGACCCGUGUCUUCAGCGGACGCACCAUCCAGUUUGAGAUGCCCAAGGUUUCCGAGGAGGAGGUGCAGCGAUCCCUCGAAGAAGGUCGUGGCAAGAUGAAGAAGAUGAUGGGCUCAAUGAUGAUGAUGGCCGGCAUGAUGAAGAUGGGUCUACUGAUGCUGCUGAAGGUGAAGGCGCUGUUCUUCCUGGCCAAGAAGGCGCUGAUCAUCUCCAAGAUCGCCCUCUUCCUCGCGCUCGCCGUGAUCAUAAAGAAGCUGUUGUCCAGCCAGGACAGCGGCUGGCAGUCUAGCGGCGGCUGGAGCAGCGGCGGUGGCGGCGGCGGACACGGAGGCGGCUGGGACCGCACCGGCUCCUGGGACGCCCACAACGUCGCUUACAAGGCCCACAGGCCCUGAGCACGUUUCCCUUUCCAACCAUCGACUGCUUCUCUUCUCUGUUAAUUUAUGAAAUAAUUUAUUGUUAUUUAUGAAUAAAAACACGCGCAUUUGACUGCA